AUGCCGACGUAUAAGCCUCCGGAUAUUGAGCGGGCAGGUGGACCUCCUCGAAAUCCACUUCCUUGGUCACUCAUAAUCGACAUCGACGAAGCUGCCCAUCGUGUUCACCGCCGUCUUCCCUCUCGCCGAUGGCUGGCUGCCUCCGAGUCCAAGCCGCCGAUAGAGAGGAAAGGUUACGGUGUCCACGGGAGCAGCACUGAUGCCGAGGUGUCGGUUGUUCAAACUUCCAAGUCAACGUUCGACGUCAACUUGCAACCUUCGGUCAACCUACUUUCCACGAUCAGCGCCUCAAGGCCAUCGUCGUCCGCAACCUCUGCCGCCGCGAUUACCAGCUCUUCUCGCCCAAAUCCGUCUCCUAUCUCCACCGUGCCCUUCUCUAACCCCUGCCAUGCCCUCUCUCACCCCACCCCCCUACCUUCCUCAUUCGUCGUCGUCGUCUCCACCUCCACUCUCGUCGCCUCUCCUCCCGGCACCCUUCCACGACCUGCUACACCCACCACGCGUCAUCAAACAGCAAGUCCGGCACCUUCCGCAGACACCCACUCACUGCGCUCCGCGUCUCUACCCACCAUCAUUCUUACUCUCAUCCCACCUCAUAUCCCUCGCCCCCGUUGUCUGCUCGCCCCCUCGCCGCUGUCCCUCCUCCCGCCCAUGCUGUCCUUGUCUCCACCCAUGUCCCUACCCGCCUGA